AUCUCACAUUAUUAGCAGGUGCGGCUUGCUGCUGAGCGGUGCCGCCGCUUCACUCGAAGUGUUCAGUCAAGACGCACUCGUCAGGUUCUCUCGCCAUCCAUUCCUGUCAAAGUUUAGCUACUUUCUUUUCUGGCAUCUUUAGUUCCAACAAUGUCUGAUCUUGAGGCUCCGCUACGUCCCAAAAGAAAGAAGGUUUGGGUGGACUACCUUGUUCAGUUUCGAUGGAUAUUAGUUAUCUUUGUUGUCCUGCCUGUGUCGUUUGCUCUGUAUUUUAGCAUAUAUAUUGGGGAUGUGAUCUCUAAUAGCAAGUCAUUCAGUAAGCGCCAGAAGGAACAUGAUGAAAAUGUUAAGAAAGUCGUAAAACGCCUCAAGGAGAGGAAUCCAAAGAAAGAUGGUUUGGUCUGCACAGCUAGGAAGCCUUGGAUUGCUGUCGGCAUGCGUAAUGUGGACUACAAGCGUGCUCGCCAUUUUGAGGUUGACCUUUCUGGUUUCAGAAACAUUUUGGACAUCGAUAAGGAGAGAAUGAUUGCUCGAGUGGAGCCUUUGGUCAAUAUGGGCCAGAUUUCUAGGGCCACCGUCCCUAUGAAUCUUGCCCUAGCAGUUGUUGCGGAGCUUGACGAUUUAACUGUUGGUGGGCUUAUCAAUGGCUAUGGGAUUGAGGGGAGUUCUCAUAUUUAUGGCUUGUUCUCCGAUACUGUGGUUGCUUAUGAAAUUGUUUUGGCUGAUGGGCAAGUGGUUAGAGCCACAAAGGAUAACGAGUACUCCGAGCUUUUCUAUGCUAUCCCAUGGUCUCAGGGGACGCUGGGACUUCUUGUUGCAGCCGAGAUUAAGCUUAUACCUAUAAAAGAAUACAUGAGAUUAACUUAUAAACCUGUUGUUGGAAAUUUAAAGGAGAUUGCUCAAGCAUAUAUGGAUUCCUUUGCACCUAGGGAUGGAGAUCAGGACAACCCUGAUAAGGUUCCAGACUUUGUUGAGGGCAUGGUUUAUACCUCAACCGAAGCUGUCAUGAUGACGGGAAGAUAUGCUUCUAAAGAAGAGGCCAAGCAGAAAGGUAACAAAACCAAUAGUGUUGGCUGGUGGUUCAAACCUUGGUUUUACCAGCAUGCGCAGACUGCACUCAAGAAAGGAGAAUUUGUGGAGUAUAUUCCCACCAGAGAAUAUUACCACAGACAUACAAGGUGCUUGUACUGGGAGGGAAAGCUUAUUCUUCCUUUUGCCGAUCAAUGGUGGUUCAGGUUUCUCCUUGGAUGGUUGAUGCCGCCCAAGGUUUCACUUCUUAAGGCCACACAAGGUGAAGCUAUCAGGAACUAUUACCAUGAAAUGCAUGUUAUUCAGGAUAUGCUUGUUCCCCUUUACAAAGUUGGUGAUGCCCUGGAAUGGGUCCACAGAGAAAUGGAGGUCUAUCCCAUCUGGCUCUGCCCGCACAGACUUUACAAACUCCCUGUGAAAACCAUGGUUUAUCCUGAACCAGGAUUUGAGCUACAACGCAGACAGGGGGAUACACCCUAUGCCCAGAUGUAUACAGAUGUUGGAGUUUACUAUGCUCCUGGGCCAGUCCUGAGGGGUGAGGUAUUCGAUGGAUCGGAAGCAGUUCGUCGGAUGGAGGAUUGGCUGAUUGAAAACCAUGGUUUCCAGCCUCAAUAUGCUGUGUCGGAACUUAAUGAGAGGAACUUUUGGAGAAUGUUUGAUGCAGGUCUGUAUGAGCGUUGCAGGCAGAAAUAUGGAGCAGUGGGUACUUUCAUGAGCGUGUAUUACAAAUCGAAGAAAGGUAGGAAGACCGAGAAGGAAGUUCAGGAAGCUGAACAAGCUAUUCUGGAGACUCCAGAUGUUGAAUCCUCGUAUUGAUUAGUCAAGUGAUGUGGUUUGGGAUUGGCAGGCGUGUGAGUUUGGAGGUGAUCGUCGACUAUUUCAACACCGUUUCCUUAUCAAUUCAGCAAUUUCAUUCCCCUUCUUUGUUUGUAUGUUGUAUUCCGUUGAACCCUACUUAGGUAUGUAGCCAACUAUGGCGACUGACUUCUGCUUUCUAUUACAUUGCUACCUGGAUUUUCUUCUUUAAA